AUGGCGAGCGAGGCGACGCGCCGCAGUAACCAUGCGGUGCGCGCCAAGUACGAAAAGAUUGACAAGAUUGGCGAGGGUACCUUUGCCGCCGUCUUCCUAGCUCGCAAUGUCCAGACCGGGACCAAGGUUGCGAUCAAGAAAAUCAAGACGGCCGCCGCCGGCACGCGCGACGGGAUCGAUAUCACGGCGAUGCGCGAGUUCAAGUUCCUCAAGGAGCUGCAUCACCCCAAUGUCGUCGCGCUGCUGGACGUAUUUUCGUCCGGUGCGAGUGCGCCGUCGAUCAACCUGGUGCUGGAAUACCUCAAUACGGACCUCGAGGCGAUCAUCAAAGACCGUGCCCUGCUCUUUUCCGCGAGCGACAUCAAGAGCUGGAUGCUGAUGCUCUGCCGCGGCAUUGAGUACUGCCACCGGAACUACUGCUUGCACCGCGUACGUUUUCCAUCUGACUUUCAGGACUUGAAGCCCAACAACUUGCUCAUCUCGCCGUCCGGCGAGCUCAAGAUUGCCGACUUUGGCCUGGCGCGCGAGUGUGGCGACCCCGGCGCGCGCAUGACGUCGCAGGUCGUUACGCGGUGGUACCGUUCUCCCGAGCUCCUUCUCGGCGCACGCUCCUACUCGGCCGGCGUCGACAUGUGGGCGGUCGGCUGCAUCUUUGCGGAGCUCAUGCUGCGCACGCCCUACCUCCCUGGCGAGUCGGAUGCGACACAGCUCACUACGAUCCUACGUGCACUCGGCACGCCGACCAGUGCCGAGUGGCCGCAAUAUGCGACGCUCCCCGAUGCCGGCAAGCUCGAGUCGUUUCCGAAGCAGAAUCUCGCGUUCCUCUUUACCGCCGCCUCGAGCGAGACGCUGGAUCUGCUCGGCGCGUGCUUGCGCUACGACCCGCUGAAGCGCGUGCGUGCGUCCGAAGCGCUCCACCACGCCUACUUCCGCGCCGGCCCUCUGCCGACGCCCCCCGCCCAUCUCCCCCGCCCUGCCCAGAGCGCGGAGGAGCCCAAGGUGGAGAUCGAGGCGCCCCCCGCGCCGGUCCCUGCCGCGCCCAAGGCCGCUGGCGGCAAGCGGGCGCUGACCGACGACGAGAUUGCGCAUCGCAAGCGUCUCGCACAUCGCGUCGCGUUUUCGUAG